AUGGAGCUUCAAAAUACGAUCGCCGACGAGCCACAUCUCGUAGGACCGGCUCUUCCUCCGCCAAGUGUUAAGAAUUCGGAAAUUCUUGAUGCAAAUCAUGUUGAAUAUGAGAUCGUGAACGGUAUUCCUUGCUAUCAACCGGAUCAUGUCAUCGACGGACAAGUCAAAGUUUUCGAAAGGAUUGGCUUCAAUGACAAAGUUGGCGGCACCUUUUUGGGAUUGGGAGCCGACGACAAAGAACUGGUUAUCCGUGUGGCCCCUAUCGAUACGAUUCCUCAUGUCGUUCGCGCCGAAGCGGGAUUCUUGUGCAAAGUGGAAACCGAACUCCAGGAUUGGCGUCACUUCUCUCAGGUCCAUAAGAUUUUUAUGACCGAUGACGCGUUUCAUAUGACACUCUACUUCCGCGGAGGACCGACUCUGGAGCAGUGUUUUGAGCUUCGCAACAAGUUCACAUUCGGAACAGUCGGUCGUCUGUCAUCAGAUGUGUUGAAUAUCAUUCGCUGUGCUCACAAACACGGAUCUCUUCUCCGUAAUGUUGAUUUGGACUGUUUCCACUACGACGCCGCCAGUCGUCACCUUUUCAUGGCGGAUAUUUCUUCUCUUGUGAAGAACGUUACUACGGAAAAUGGAUCUCCAACGGCUACUUAUUCUGGAACUUUGGACUACGCACCACUCGCUCAUCAUUCUAAUGGAAACGUUGGUGCUCGCCAGGAUCUUGAAUCGUGGUUCUAUCAAAUGUGCCAUUUGGCUAUUGGAGACUUGCCAUGGAAAGCAUUACGUCGUUCGGAAGCUGGAGAGAGAAAAAGGAGUUUCGCACUAGCAAGGAAUUCCUUGAGUUGCCAAAAGUGUUCCACGAAAUCGCUGAAAUUGUAUUCUCCGAAGAUCAUUCGCGAGGAGGAAUACACAAAACUGUCCGAGUUGACAGAACAAAUCUACAAAGACGUCGGAGGAAUCAUCGACUACGAGGAGAAUAUGGACUUUGAGCGUGAGCCAACUCCGGAUGAGAUCCCUCGUUUUGUGAUGUGUCGUGAUGAUGAGAUACCAACGAUUCCGGAGGAAGAAGAGCCCGUAGAAGAAGAAGACAGUGCUAAUUAG